GUCUGGUUUUCGGCGGGAAUUGAAACCGCCACAGCUGCUCCCCAGCUCCAGAGCACUGCUGCUCUAGGCAGGGCACCAUGGUGCGUCCUACCAGAAAUAGAAAACCAAUCAAUUAUUCACAGUUUGAAGAUUCUGGCAAUGACUCUGAUGAUGAUUUCAUUUCUACAUCCACACCUGUAAACAAGUCAAAAACUGUGCCAAAGGUAUUAAAGCAAGACAAACCAAAACCUAACUUGAAGAAUCUCCAAAAAGAAGAGGUCUUACCAACAGAACCCCCUAAAAAAAGGGUGGCUUUAGAUGACAAGGUCUUCCAAAGAGGUCUAGAAGUUGCCCUGGCUUUAUCUGUGAAGGAACUUCCAACACUCACCAACCAAGUGAAGAAGUCCAAAGAGAAAAGCACUGACAAACAAGGCAAAAGGGAAACAGAAAAAACGGAUAAACCUCCUCGUGUCUCUAACUGCAGUGUAGCCAGUGAUGAUGUAGAAGAUUUGGACAAGAUCACAGAGGAGGGGGACGCCGCGAGUAUUGAAGGGGAGAGAAAAUCACCAUCUCAAGCCAAGGCUCCGAGGAGGAGGACGGUACCUUCACAAGGCAGCGGUGGCAGCAGUGCUAAUGACGCUGAGUCGGAGAGCGCGACUGGUGAAGGUUCAGAAAGUGAUCCUGAUUUUGAUGAGAGUGAAGAAAGUGAUGAAGACUUUGGUGUGAGAAGAAGUAAAGAAACAAAGAAGAAAACAGUGCAGAAGAAACCUGCAGGGGAAAAGGAGGAAAGGAAAUCAAAACCCAAAUGUGAGGCAUCAGUGACUUCAGUAGACCCAGCUCCAGCUGCCAUCAAGUCAGGAUCUCCAUCUUUACCCCAGGCAGUUGGUCUAGCUUCUGAGGCCACUAGGAAACCAGCAAUAAUGUGCAGCCCUUCAGCUGAAAGCAAGAGGCCCAAGUGGGUCCCCCCAGCUGCCUCUGGGAGCAGGAACUCUAGCAGCAAUGCAUUGGCAGGAACACCUGCCAGGUCCCCCAGUCAGAGCCUGCGUCUGGGCCUCUCCCGAUUAGCGCCAGUUAAGCGUUUGCAUCCAAGUGCCACAAGCAGCCAAGUGCGGUAGCAGGAAAGGACCACUGGGACCCUUGGGACUGCAAGCAGGGUUGUCAUAUUCAGCUUCCACAUAAAAGAACCUUUAAUGGGUCACAUGAAGGACCAUGUCUGUGUGUGAUUCUGGUCUCAUCAAAGCCUUUCUGUCCUUCAGCAGAGGGUUCUGGGACCUCUCCUUGUGCCACUCCUGAAGAGUGUGUUGUGUUUUCUUAUGUUCAUAAGCCACUGUCACUCGGGCUCUGCGGCACAUCUGUAAUCACAUGUCUCCCAGCUCUGUCUGGCAUGGGAGCAUCCUGGGUUCCUUCAGGAGGCAUUGCUGAAAUCUUUCCCUUACUACAUUUCUUCAGGUUUAUUACAAGCUUGCUCUCUUUGUCCAGGUCUUUUUAGUAAGAAUUCUGCUUUUGUACAUAUUAAAAUGUUGACUCUACUGCAGCAUGUGUUCCUACAUGGGACAGGUGGUUAGUGUACAGCAGAUAGAAUCUCAUAACACUGUAUGAACUUUUCAAAACCUUUAAUAAACAUGAAAAGAUUUCAAGUAUGCUCAUUGAUACCAUGUAUCUACCUGUAUGUCUACGUUUUGCUAAAAUGAGUCUUCUGUGGUCAACAUAAGCAGGGGAAGCAGUGUCUUCAUCAUUUGAGAUGAAGCCCAAGGUUGAAAGCUGUCACCUCCACGCCCCUGUCACAGCUGAUGCAGCUUCUCAGGAAGCUCUGGUUUACUGUCAAUAAAAGCAACUAUUUUUAUGGUAAGAAAUCAACUUGUUUCUGAUCACUUUAAUAAAGUCUAAUAUUUACUGUAAAA